UUCGACUAUAAGAAAUAUUUUGUAUAACAGUUCUGUGUUAUCAUAAUGGCACCAAGCAUGAUCUUGCCACAGUUUCAUAGGUGUUUUAAUGGCACUUCAGUUCCCACAUCCACUCGUAGAUCCUUCAGACCACGUAAAAAGUCUAUGAUGUUAUUUCUAGUUUUGACAUGUGUUGUCUUUUGUUUUUGUGCUUUCUCUCUCCUUUCUCAGUCUAGGAGUGGAAGAACUGUAAAAGAUAACGAUCACGAAGAGAAUGCGUAUAAACAAAGAGAAAAUACAGAUGAUUUAAUUCCGAUGCAGUCUUAUGGAAAUGAAGCUAGUGAAAUUGAUGGACUGAUGAAGUACAACAUCGAGAGUCGGCAGAGCCCUCAGACAGUUACAGAUAUGGCCAAUCUCUUAGAAAGAAUAGAAGAAGAGGUUACGAAAAAUCAGAAUGAUACAGAAAGACUAGAGACAGAUGAAUCAAUUAGCAAGGAAAAUAUAAAUUCAUCUAUAAAUGCUACGGAUUUAUUGAAAUCCAAGUUAGAAAGUAUGGUUGAAACGGCACAGUCAGAGUACAUACCAACUGUGCCUCCUUUAGCAAGUGAUCAUUACCCAGUUAUAAAUGGUGGGGAGGACAAGAAUCCAACUGCUAGAAUUCACAGGGAUAAAGUAAAGGAGAUGAUGAAACAUGCGUGGGACAACUACGUGCGCUACGCCUGGGGCAAGAAUGAGCUGCGGCCGCUGAGCUUGGUGGGACAUUAUGGUAGCGUCUUCGGCUCGGCGUCAAUGGGAGCAACCAUCGUGGACGCGCUGGACACCUUGUACAUCAUGGGGUUUAUGGACGAGUUCAAGCAAGGACGUGACUGGAUAUCCGAAAACUACACCCUUGAUCAUCCAAAUUUGGCUCUGUCAGUGUUUGAGACUAACAUCCGGUUUGUGGGGGGGUUGCUGACGUGUUUCGCUCUUACGGGAGACAUCAUGUUCCGAGAUAAGGCGGAAUACACAGCACAGAAACUUCUGCCAGCAUUCGAGACAGAAACCGGUAUACCCAGAGCUCGUGUCUACACCAUGACUGGGGAGAGUUAUAAUUACGGAUGGGCCAGCGAAGGGGAUAGUAUUCUCUCGGAGUUUGGAACUUUAUCACUGGAGUUCGGCUAUCUGUCAGACAUCACAUACAAUAGAGUAUACAGUGACAAAGUCGAUAAAAUCCGGCAGCUCGUCAACAAGCUGGAGAAACCACGGAACCUGUACCCGGUCUACCUCAGCCCCGUCACUGGAGAAUGGGGACAACAUCACGUGACGAUGGGCCCACUGGGAGACAGUUUUUUCGAGUAUCUGCUGAAGGAGUGGCUGCGCAGCGGUCGUGAGACGCAAGACGCGCGGAAGAUGUACGACGAGGCUAUGGAAGCCGUCAUGACUCAUAUGCUACGCACCUCCGCCGGAGGUCUCAUGUACUUCUCAGAUUUUUAUUUGAAAACGAUCGAGGAAAAGAUGAGCCAUCUCGCCUGCUUCUCUGGCGGCAUGCUGGCGCUCGGGUCCUCCACACUCCAGAGUCCGCAGAGCGCCAGGUACAUGGAGGUGGCCGAAGGUAUCACCCACACCUGUCACGAGUCUUACGUCCGAACGGUCACCAAGCUGGGGCCGGAGGUAUUCCGGUUCUCUCGUUCGGCGGAAGCAGUGGGAGUCCUCCCCGGUGAGAAACAAUACAUUCUGCGGCCGGAAGUUGUCGAAUCCUAUUUCUAUCUCUGGAGAGUGACAAAAGAUCCUAAGUACCGCGAAUGGGGCUGGGAAGCCGUUCAGGCUCUAGAGGAGCACUGCUGGACGCCUGGUGGGUACAGUGGUAUAGAGGACGUAUAUGACAAGGACUCUUUACAAGACGAUGUUCAACAGAGCUUUUUCCUGGCUGAAACUCUGAAGUACUUGUACUUGCUGUUCAGUGACGACAGCCUCAUCUCGCUGGACGAGUGGGUGUUCAACACCGAGGCCCAUCCUUUACCGAUCAAAGGCGUCAACCCGUAUUAUCGAGUUCGCCCCCUCGCAUAAAUAUCCCUCUUGUACACUUUAGUGAAUUAAUACUCCGUUUGUUGUUUAAACUGCUGUACCAAUUAGGCUUAAAACUAUUCCAACAGAAUGGAAACGCAAUAUUUAUUUAAGUUAAUUUAUUUAUUGUGACAUGCAUUUUUACAGUAAAUAAGAAUUACAUGUUAUUGUAGAAUCCAUAACAUUAAAAUAAUUUAAAACUUUU